AUGGCGCUCAGGAAGAAGCGCGGGCAGAGCGCGGGGCGCCGGCUGGGCGCGGCGGCAGAGGGCACCGAGCCGCAGCUGUCGGAGCGCGCGCAGUACCUGCAGCGCGAGUACAAGCUGCUCUCGGAGCAGCUGGCCGCCUGCGAGGAGCGCGUGGACCAGGUGGUGCAGGAGAACGCCUUCCUGGACUGCGAGGCGCUGCGCCUGCGCGAGGAGAACCGGCUGUACGCCAGCUAUGUGAGCGCGCGCGCGCAGCGCUGCGCCUCCGCCAUCGUCCGACUGGAUGAGCAGAACCGCGCGGACCUGGCGCAGGUCCACUGGCAGCGGGCCGAGCUGGCAUCGCUCUACCAGGGGCGCGAGGACGGGGUGCGUGCGCAGCUGCUGGAGAUGGAGGCGCGCGCGGCACAGAUCCCAUAUCUGCUGAGGCUGCUCCGCCGGGCCCAGCUGCUGCGUGACACGCGGCGGCAGCUGCUGGAGCAGCGUGAGCAGCUGCGGCGUGAGCACGAGAGCACGCGGGACCUGGCGCGCGUGCACGGUUGGCUGCGCCGCGGCCCCGGGGGCCCAGCGCUGUGGCAACCGCCGCCGCCCGCCUCGCGCUCCGAGUCUUUUGCCUCCCUCACAGACCUGUCUCUCCCGGCCUCCAGGACCCUGUCGCAGGUCUCUCCCAGCGCGGUCUCCAGGGGCCUGUCAGUGAUCCCGUCGCACGUAGUCGCCCAGGUCCCGCCCUUGAUCGCGUCCCGCUCUGGCUCCCGCGUCCCGUCCUUGACCGUGUCCGGUCCUGGCUCCCGGGUCUCUUCGCGGACUUCUUUGCGUGUGUCCUCACAGAGCAUCACCCCCUCUGCUAAGUCUGUCCCCGGCCCCCAGGCGAAGGAGCCCGUGAACAUCGAUGGUGCAGCCUGAACCCACCUGGAGGAAGGCCAGUGGGGGUGGGGCGGGGAGACCGGUGCGCGGGAUGCGUGUGUGGUGAGUGCACUCGUGAAUAAAGUGUGACCCCCGCCCCACUCCGCUCUGGCACCUUCCGCUUUGCUGCUCCAGCAUUUCCUCCUCUGUCCCCUGCCACCUGCCCACUGCUCUGUGGCUUCUGCUCCAGGUGACCACUGCUCACCAGGUGGUUGCUGUGGGUGCUUUCCUGUUGCCACCUGGAGCCUGUCCCCAAGAUCUGCAGGCCUGUCUGAAGAGAUGGACCAGAGUGAGCCCACUCACAGCCAUGUCCCCUGCCAGAAAAGACCCACUGACCCAGGUGCUGGGAGACUGCGGAGGGUCCCCUCAGAGGGUACAGUGAGGGCAACACCUCCCGGUUCAGUGAGCUGGGCAGGCCGGGGAGUACAUGCCACGUGGGCAGGGGCCAGAGGGCAGGGUGGGCGGCGUGAGGUGGGUCAGGGCCAGGACGGCGGUGGCAGCUGCCCAGCCUGCUGAGGAAGGCCACGUGCUCAGGGAGGGGGCCGGGUCCUCCUUGGCCCAAACCACAGGCCUCCUCUAGCUGCCUUGAGGGGCCAGGCGCACCCUCUCACGGGUUUUCUUGGAGGACAGUCCCAGGCAGAGCUGCUCGGGAGACUGGGGCGCUCUGCUGCCCUGAGACCCCAGGACUGAGGAGGCUUCUUCUCGCCAUGUUGGGUCAGGACCACCAGCCAGGCCCCCAACCCCAAGACAGAUGCGGGCGAUGGGGUACCCGUAUACCUACUCACGGGGGUGAGAUGGGGCUCUCUGAUGCCAUGUGGAGGGGGACCCGGAAGCUUCUUCCACAGCAGGGCGCAGUCCAACCUGGCCAGGUGUACUGUCUGGUGGCUGCUGGAGCCCUUGGGCACCGAAGGCCUGGCCGUACGGGGCACGCUCAGGGCUGCUCACCGCUGUGGCCCCUCUGGGGCUGGCCGAGCUUCUCUUCCCCGGGAGGCCUCGCUGCCAGGCAGCAGCGCCCACAGGCCCGACUCCCACUGAAGGCUCCCACGG